GAAACCCAGGUACCCCAAAUUCAAAAGAAAUGAAUUAAACAAAUGAGCUUUGUCAAUCGGGUUAGGUUUUUCCCUUUUCUCAUAAUGGGAAAACAUGAAACAAUCACAUUAUUUAUACAAGGAGAAUUUCUUAAGAACUAUUUUCCGAAUCAAUAUAAUCUCAUGAAACACUAAAUGUUUCCAUAGAAAGCGAGGGCCAAGGUUGUAGUAUUUUACAGUCAUUUCAUUUCUUAACAAAAUUAUUGCUUUCAAGAAAAGAAAGAGAGAGGAAAGCCGCCAUUGUUGAAUCUUUUGACUGGAGAUGGUGUCGUGAGGUCUCCUUUCUUACGCUCAGGGACUGCGUUUCUUCAGGAUGUUUUCUCCAGCUCCUCCUCCUCCUCCUUCCUCGUCUUGACUUCUUCUUCUUCUUCUUCUUCUUCGCCACCCUACGGACUCAACACAACCCCAGAAUCAAUGGCGAUCCAGCUUUAUGUCUUAUUUUCAGUCCUUUCUAUUCUUCUGCUGCUCCCAACUUCAACCAUGGGGAAGCCAAGAGAUCAAACUGUGAAAGUGAUGUGCGGGAAAGAACUCGAGCACAACACCACGGCCUACGUCCCUAACUUUUUUGGUUCCAUGGAAAAAGUUAGACAACAGAUCCGAACUUCAGGAUUUGGAACGGCCGGCACAGGAAUAGGACUUGAUGCCAGCUAUGGGCUUGCCCAAUGCCAUGGAGAUCUCUCCCCCCUCGAAUGUGUGCUGUGUCAUUCUCAAGCACGUACAGUGCUUCCCCAAUGCUUCCCUUUCAAUGGCGGCCGAACUUUCAUCGAUGGCUGCUUCAUGAGGUUCGAAAACUAUAUCUUUUUUGAUGAAUAUAAAGGACCCGAAGACACUGCAGUUUGCGGGAACUUGACCCAAAAUGACCCCAACUACAGACAAGCAGCCAAGGAGGCAGUGAUGCAAGUAGUCAAUGUUGCACCAGGCAACAGAGGCUUUGCGAAAGCUCGAGUGGCUGUGGCCGGGAGAGCAAAUGAGUCCGCCGCUUACGCUCUGGGUCAGUGCUGGAGAAGUUUGAACCGCAGCUCUUGCAGAUUAUGUUUGCAAAUCGCCUCUGCUUCAAUGUUGUCAUGUUUACCUGUAUCGGAAGGGCGAGCACUGAACACAGGCUGCUUCAUGAGAUACUCGAACACAGACUUCCUCAAUAAGGACAUAAAAAAUAGUUCCAGAGGUGCCACAAGAACCGAAUUGAUAGUUUCGGUCCUGAGUUCUGUUGUUGUUUUGAUAAUCGGAGGAGCAAUUGGUGCUUAUAUCUGGAAGCACAGAUAUAUACAAAAUAAAAGAAAAGGAGGUUCAACUGAUGUGAAGAAGUUAGCAAAAACUCUUCAAGAUAGUAACUUGAACUUCAAGUACUCCACCCUUGAAAAAGCUACCAACAAUUUCAGCCUCGAUAACAAGAUUGGACAAGGGGGGUUUGGCUCUGUUUAUAAGGGAACUCUACCUGAUGGAAGAGAGAUUGCUGUUAAGAGAUUCUUCUUUGAUAACAGACAUAGAGCAGCAGAUUUCUACAAUGAAGUAAACAUGAUCAGCAGUGUCGAACAUAAAAAUCUUGUAAGGUUGCUUGGAUGCAGUUGUUCUGGACCUGAAAGCCUACUUGUUUAUGAAUUCCUACCAAACAAGAGUCUCGAUCGCUUCAUUUUUGAUACCAAGAACAGUAAAGCUCUUGAUUGGGAUAAGAGAUUUAACAUCAUCAUUGGAACAGUUGAAGGUUUAAUAUAUCUACAUGAAAAUCCAAAGAUCAAAAUUAUACACAGAGAUAUAAAGGCCAGUAAUAUCUUGCUGGAUCAAAAGCUCCAGGCGAAAAUAGCAGAUUUUGGAUUAGCAAGGUCUUUCCAAGAAAAUAAGAGCCAUAUCAGCACCGCUGUUGCAGGAACCCUAGGAUAUAUGGCUCCGGAGUAUCUAGCUUAUGGUCAGUUAUCAGAAAAGGCUGAUGUCUAUAGCUUUGGAGUACUUUUGUUAGAAAUUGUUGCAGGAUUGCAAUACAAUGGCAUUCAAGUCUCCGGAAACAUUGAAAGUCUGGUCACUGCUAUGUGGAGACAUUUCCAAGCAGGCACAGUUGAGAGGUUAUUUGAUCCAAAUCUCAACCUUCAGAAUCACUACAACAAGAAAGUAAAAGAUGAGGUAUUGAGAGUGGUGCACAUAGGGCUCUUGUGCAUCCAGGAGAUUCCUUCUCUACGACCAACAAUGUCGAAGAUAAUGCGAAUGCUGACAAUGGAGGAGGAAGAGCUCCUUCCUCCACCCACCAAACCACCCUUCAUGGAUGAGAUGACCAUGGAACUUGAUGACUCAUGCAAGGACUCGCGAUAUUAUUCCAAUACGGAGGGCCCUUCUUCAACUGCUACGGUCAGCCAUAGUGCUUUUUAUCCCAGAUAACAACCAUAAACUGUGGACCCCUCUAAAGCUCCCAACCCUACAAAAGCAUCCUCAAGAAUAGAAGUGGCUUGCAUUCCUCGCAUAAAUGGUCUCUUGAAAGCCACGAAGAGAAAGGAUCCAUUAGCCAGAGGGUAGCCACCACUAAGCUUUCAAACAAACUGACAUUUGUAGAUAUGGUGAAGAGAUAAUAAGUUCCAAAAGGCCAGUCGAGUUGAGCUUAACAGGAUUUGAUUUUGAGUUCUUCAAGAUUUUAGCUUCUCAAAACUCCAUUAUGUAUACAUCCACUUAAUUAAGUUUCGAUGUUUAUUAUCCAGAGUUGGGCAGAGUGGCAAAAAGAAACUAUAUGUUGAGUUAUAAUGUCUUCAUUACAUUUACCACAGAAAAAAUGUACUAGAAUUUGGAUGAUUUUGUUA